UGCGUCGAGGAUCAACACACAUGUGACAGUCCUUCAACUCACUUUUCGCUACAGGCUCAGUCUGAACAUCUGCUGUAAUAUAUUUUAUUCGCUGGUGAUGAUCGCUCUGAUAUUCCGCUGUAGUGUUUAUUAUGCUCGCUGCGGCUCUCCGCUGUACAGUAUUUACAUGUAGAGUGUUUAGAGGCGGUGAAGCGACUUUACUGCACAGAUCAGUGUCUCAGUGUGUGAAACUAAUGGCCACACACACUUCCAGAAAGAUCAAACCUCCUAAAGACACACUGCGACAUGUGAAGAUGAAGGAGAACCGCAGGCAGGGCGACCUGCACGGACCCUCCACCGUCUAUGUGCAGGUGGUCGGGGCGGGCAGUCGAGAUAAUGGAGCUUCACUGUAUGUCUUCUCUGAGUAUAACAGGUAUCUGUUUAACUGUGGAGAGGGGACACAGAGACUCAUGCAGGAACACAAAUUGAAAAUCGCUCGUCUAGACAACAUCUUCCUCACCAGGAUGAGCUGGGACACUGUCGGGGGUUUAUCAGGAAUGAUACUGACGCUCAAAGACACCGGAGUCCCUCAGUGUGUCCUGUCAGGACCGCCACAGCUGGAGAAAUAUCUAAGCGCCAUUCGAGUGUUUUCAGGACCGCUUGAUGACAUUAAACUUGCUGCGAGACCUCAUUCAGAACCUCAAUAUAAAGACGACACCAUGACUGUCACUCAAGUUCCCGUAGUCUGUGAGGGCAGACGUUCCCCCGGGUCUGUCCGCAGCUGCAGUCCUCACAGCAGUCAGAGGGGGGCGCUCAAGAGACUGGAGGAUUCAGAGGAGACUCUGAACGCUAACAGACGAGCAGCGAGUCCAGAUGGCAGAGGAAGUACUACUCGAGAUUCAUCUCUUGUGGUGGCUUAUGUGUGCAAGUUGCACGCCAAAAAAGGGAACUUCCUGGCACUGAAAGCUAAAGAGAUGGGCCUGCCAGUAGGAACAGCAGCCAUUGGACCCAUAAUCGACGCUCUUAAAGCAGGAAAGACUGUGACACAUGAUGGAAAAGAGAUUCGUCCCGAGGAGCUGUGCACUCCAGCUGAUCCUGGACCAGUGUUCAUAGUGCUGGACUGUCCAUCAGAGGAGUUCAUAGAGCCGCUCUGCACCAAUCCCGUUCUACAAAGGUAUCAGACUGGGGGGUCUGAAGAUUCGGCCGCUCUGGUGGUUCACAUGAGCCCAGAGUCGGUUCUGAACCGGGAUCAGUACAAGAGCUGGAUGGAGAGGUUUCCCAGCAGCACUGAGCAUCUGCUGAUGAACGAGCACACGUACACGCAUCAUAACGCUCGCAGUCACAAACUCCAGGCGCAGCUGAACCUCAUUCACCCCGAGAUCUUCCCUCAGCUCAAACUCUACAGAACCAAAGAGCCGCAGGCUUCUCUUCAUGUUCCUAACAUCAGAGCCGAGUGUCUCCUAAAGUUUCAACUUCGGCCCAAACUGGAGUGGCAACGAGAUGCCAUCCCGUCCUGCGACUCGGAAGAGUUUGUGAAGGAAGCAGCUGAAGUGCCAAACUUCUUACAGGCAGUGGAGGAGUGCAGGACGUUCCAGGCGGCUGAAUCCAUCUCCUCGUCUGGUGAGCGGUUUCCUGAGAUUGUGUUUUUGGGCACUGGCUCGUCUCUGCCCAUGAAGAUCAGAAACGUCAGUGGAACUUUAGUGAAUAUCAGCCCGUCUCAGUCGCUGCUGUUGGACUGCGGUGAGGGCACGUUCGGGCAGUUGUGUCGUCACUAUGGCGACGAUGUGGACGAGAUCCUCUCCAAACUCUCCACUAUCUUUGUGUCGCACCUGCACGCAGAUCAUCACACGGGUUUGAUUCAUUUAUUAGUGGAGCGCGAGAGAGCUCUGAACAGUCUCGGUAAAGCGUUCAGUCCCGUGUACCUGAUCGCUCCUGUGCACAUCAUGACCUGGUUAAACCAGUACCACGACCACUGCCAGGAGAUACUCAGCCAGAUCAAUGUUAUCCCAGCUAAGUUUUUAUGUGACGGUGCCGAGACUCCCAAAGUGAAGACCAAGUCCUUCAUUCAAGCCGUUUUGAAGAAGAACGACCUCCUCAAGUUUCAGACGUGUUUAGUUCGUCACUGUAAGAACGCAUAUGCCUGCAGUUUGACGCAUCAGUCUGGCUGGCAGCUCGUGUUCUCUGGAGACACCAUGCCAUGCGAUGCUCUCGCUAAUAUGGGCAAAAAUGCAACACUUUUAAUUCAUGAAGCCACGCUGGAAGACGGGAUGGAAGAAGAGGCGGUAGAGAAAAGACACAGCACCACAUCUCAGGCUAUUGGCAUCGGAAUGAAGAUGAAUGCUGAAUUCAUAGUCCUGAAUCACUUCAGUCAGCGGUACGCUAAAAUCCCACUCUUCAGUGACGACUUCAACAGCAAAGUGGGGAUCUCCUUUGACCAUAUGAAGAUUCGAUUUGGAGAUUUCAAGAUGCUUCCACGGCUCAUUCGGCCUCUGAAGGCAUUGUUUGCAGAGGAAAUUGGAGAGAUGGAGGAGAGGAGAGAAAAGAGAGAGAUGAAGAAGACCAUUGAGAUGCCGGCUAAUGGCGAGCCUGGAACAAGCCGCCAACUCGAAGACAAAAGUAGAGGUGCCAAGAGAGAGCAAGAUGACCUCAGCCAGGAAGCAGCCAACAAACGGCUAAAGGCCAACUGAUAGUAUCCAAACAGGGUGAAGGGUUGGAUCGGCCCAUCCGAUUAGAAGUGCAGUCCAGGAAACUGUUGAACCAAUGUAAUAAUGAUCAUAUAAUAUGGAUCAUAUCAGAGGAGAUGCUUUUUUUUAAUUUUAAGAGUUCAGAAUAACUGGAAAUGUUGAGAUGAAAUUAAACCAGAUAGAGAUUAAUGUCAGUUUCCCAAAACUGUUGAUACAUGCUGCAGAUUUGACGCUGGUUUUGGCGAGAAAGUACACUACGUUUCGUGAAAGAUUAACGUUUAAUUUCAAAUUUCAAGCUUCUCAAAACCUAAAUUGAGGCAUCUCUGCACUGAAGAAUGACGAUAAGUUUGGCCUUGUUAAUUUAUUAGCGUUGUUUAACUUGAGUUUGAAGCUGGUGGGUUUUGUUUGGAGUAUACUAAGUGCAGUUGCAUGUGAAUCAAGCACUUGUACAUUUUCUGUAUGCAAUAUUUCAUUAUUUGAUGUACUUGAAAUGACAGAUUAACUUAGGCUUUUCUAAUUAUUUCAGGCAAAUAAACAUU